UCUCUGAACCAGCGGGGAAACGGAUUUGUAAUCGGAUCUCCUUCGGAUGCCCGGAAGGGAAUUGGGUGUGGGUUGUGGAGCGACUUUGGGUGUACCUCGCCGGAGCGUGAGGUGCACCCGGCGAAUAGGUUUUUGGUGGGGUGGUUCGAGUUGAGAGGUGGUGGUCCGGGUCAUGGACUGAGGCUGUGCUCCUUUUCGGGUUGUGGAAGGCCAGAGGCCCGGAUAGGUGAGUUUAGGAGGUGUACGGGCUGUGGGAAGGUGAACUACUGCUCACGUGGGUGUCAGGCACUUGAUUGGAAGAUACGCCACAAGGUGGAGUGCGCACCCACGGAGCAGUGGAUGGAUCAAGAGGACAGUGAAGAAGAACCCGAGGAGGAGGACGAGGAGGUGCAGGGAGAGGACGAGGAGGCGUGGUGA